AUGGCAGACACUGGGGAAGAAGAGACAGUAUCAGCAGAAGCCUCGGGGUUCUCAGAUGUGAGUGACUCAGAGUUCCUAGAGUUUCUGGAUCUGGAAGAUGCUCAGGAGUCAAGUGCUUCAUUUAGCAAGCCUGGACCUUCUUCUGAACUCCCUACAAAGAAUCCCAAGCCUGUAAGCUUACAAGACUGGAAGAGAGGAUUGGAUGUUUCAUCACCAAUGGAGAGAUUUCACCUUAAAUAUUUAAACGUCACUGACCUAUCUACUCAGAACUGGUGUGAAUUGCAAGUUGCAUAUGGGAAGGAGCUUCCUGGUUUCUUGGCACCUGAGAAGGCAGCUGUUUUGGACAUAGGUGCCAGCAUCCACCUGGCAAGAGAACUAGAACUUGGUGAUCUUGUAACUGUACCCGUCACCACUAAAGAAGAUACUUGGGCAAUUAAGUUUCUGAACAUACUCUCGAUGAUUCCUACCCUGCAGUCAGAGGGUUGCGUCCGAGAGUUUCCAGUAUUUGGGGAAGUGGAGGGUGUGCUUAUUGUUGGGGUGAUUGAUGAGCUGCACUAUACAGCCAAGGGGGAACUGGAACUGGCUGAACUCAAGACAC